UAUCGACAUGCAAAAAGAAUGUAUAUGUGUAUUUGUAUUAAAAUAAAAGGUUUAGAAUAGUCGAAGGAGAAAAAGCGAAAGAUGAUGAUGAGUCAUAGAGACGACUCACCAGCUUAUAACUUAUAAGUAGUAAAUCCACCAAAAGGAAAUAUAUUCAACAGAGAAACUCCAUCAAGAAUAUUCACCAGAUCAUAGAAGAGAAGGAUCAUAAGAGCAACAAAGAAUUAAUGGUGCUUUUACCAGCGUUUUUGGACGGAUUUGCGAGAACCGUGUCGACGAAGAAAGGUAAAAAUCUAUCGGAAGAUGAAGAUGGAGGGAGAGAGAUCGCAAAAUCGAUGAUUAAAGAUUCAAAGAAGAACUCGACUUUGAUCGGUACUUCGGGCUUUGUUAGCUCCGAAAGUUCUAAGAGAUUUACCUCUAUUUGUUCUAAUAGAGGUGAAAAAGGAAUCAACCAAGAUCGUGCAAUUGUUUGGGAGGGAUUUGGGUGCCAAGAAGACAUAACAUUUUGUGGGAUGUUUGAUGGGCAUGGACCAUGGGGACAUGUGAUAGCUAAAAGGGUAAAAAAGUCAUUCCCAGCUUCUCUGCUUUGCCAAUGGCAACAAACUCUUGCCUCCUUAUCAUCGUCGCCGGAAUGUUCCUCUCCGUUUGAUCUUUGGAAGCAAGCUUGCCUGAAAACAUUCUCCGUCAUCGAUCUUGAUCUCAAGAUCAGUCCUUCCAUUGAUUCUUACUGCAGCGGCUGCACCGCUCUCACUGCUGUUUUGCAGGGCGAUCAUCUUGUUAUAGCAAAUGCGGGUGACUCACGAGCAGUAAUAGCAACAACUUCUGAUGAUGGAAAUGGUUUAAUGCCGGUUCAGCUCUCAGUAGACUUUAAACCGAACAUCCCCGAGGAAGCAGAACGGAUAAAACAAUCGGAUGGACGAUUGUUCUGCCUAGACGAUGAACCGGGAGUGUACCGGGUGGGUAUGCCUAAUGGAGGAUCACUCGGUUUAGCUGUUUCAAGAGCAUUCGGAGAUUACUGCCUUAAAGACUUCGGUUUAGUCUCUGAACCGGAAGUAACAUACCGAAAGAUAACCGACAAGGACCAGUUUCUAAUCUUGGCCACUGAUGGGAUGUGGGAUGUGAUGACGAACAAUGAGGCAGUGGAGAUAGUAAGAGGAGUUAAAGAGAGAAGAAAGAGCGCAAAGAGAUUGGUAGAGAGAGCUGUGACGCUUUGGCGUAGGAAGAGAAGAAGCAUCGCCAUGGAUGAUAUUUCUGUUCUUUGUCUCUUCUUUCGUUCUUCUUAGUCUCUGACAUAUACAUUUAUCAAUGUAUUUUGAGCGUCAAUGAACAACAAAAAUGUGAUAUAUAUACAUUUUUACAUAGAAUAAGUAAAGAUCAUCAUGUUUUUGUAAAUUUGGCAUGUGGUUCAUAUAUUGAUCAUAAUUUGGUAGGA